GCUCCUGCUUCUGGGUCGCCGUCCUGGACGGCAACGUGGUGGGGAUCGUGGCAGCUCGGGGCAACGAGGAGGACAACACGGUGGAGCUGCGCCGCAUGUCCGUCGACUCCAACUACCGCGGCAAAGGGAUUGCCAAGGCCCUGGGCCGCAAAGUGCUGGAAUUUGCCAUGCUCAACAACUAUUCCUCCGUCGUGCUGGGAACCACGGCCGUGAAGAUGGCAUCCCACAAGCUCUACGAGUCCUUGGGGUUCAAGCACAUGGGUGUUGUUGAACAUUAUGCCCUGCCGGGGAUGACACGCUCCUUACUGGAGAGAAUGUUUUUCCAGGUCCGCUACCACCGCUACCGCCUGCAGCUGCGGGAAGAAUAAAAAAAACCCAACCAACCAAAUGAAAAAAAAUAA